CGAACAAAUGUUAUAGACGUUAACCGAAACUGUUGUUUGUUUUUGUUGAUGUGGGGUUCAAUUGUUUUUUUGUUCUUCUUUCGGCUACUUAUAAUAAUUUAACAAGAAUUCAAUUGCUGUGUAUUAUAUCAAGAAAUAAAAAUGUUAGACUUGGAAAACGAUGAUUCAUUUUUUAUGGAAGAAGAUAAAAUGUGGUGAGGAUGUUUUCAACAGAUUAUUCAAAAAUCCAUAUGUCUGAUCCGGAUGAAUGUGGGCCUUAUUUUCAGUACAUGGAAGAUCGCAUGGGUAUGACCCUAACAUCUGGGUGCAUCAAUCUUCAGAAGGAUGACAAGAAUUUGAUUGGAAUAAGUAUUGGAGGAGGAGCACCUUUUUGCCCUUGCCUCUACCUAGUACAAAUUUCUGAGAAUGGUCCAGUUGCGAAGGAUGGAACCUUGGAGUGCGGAGAUGAAAUAACUGCCAUCAACGGAGAAACGGUUAAAGGCAAGAGCAAAGUGGAAGUAGCCAAAAUGAUUAAAACUGUUAAGGAGGAAGUUUCAAUAGCCUAUAAUAAACUUCAUGCUGAUCCUAAACAAGGGAAGACAUUAGAUAUCAUUCUGAAAAAAGUAAAGCACAGAAUUGUUGAGAAUAUGAGCUCUGCCACAGCAGAUGCACUGGGUUUAAGUCGAGCAAUACUUUGUAAUGAUUCUCUAGUCAAGAAGUUGGAAGAGUUAGAAAGAAAUGAAUAUGUUUACAAAGGCUUGUCAGAGCAUGCAAAACUAGUCCUUAGAGCUUAUUUUGAAUUGUGUCAUGUUUAUAGAGCAUUUGGUGAUGUAUUUGCUUCGAUUGGUGUACGAGAGCCUCAACCUCGAGCGAGUGAAGCAUUCACAAAGUUUGGUGAAGCGCACAGAAAUAUGGAAAAAUUGGGUAUUAGAUUCUUAAAAACUGUCAAGCCUAUGUUGAGUGAUUUGGGUACUUAUUUAAAUAAAGCUGUGCCUGAUACAAAGUUGACCAUAAAGAAGUAUGCGGAUGUUAAGUUUGAAUACCUGUCUUAUUGUUUGAAGGUGAAAGAAAUGGAUGAAGAGGAAUACACUUAUCAGGCUCUACAAGAACCACUAUAUCGUGUAGAAACUGGAAAUUAUGAAUACAGAUUAAUCCUCAGAUGCAGACAAGAUGCAAGGCUGAGAUUUUCGAAACUCCGAUCUGAUGUCCAAGUUAAAUUAGAGCUUCUUGAUCAGAAACAUGUGCAAGAUAUUGUAUUCCAAAUGAACCGCUUACUCUCUGCACUAUCCCAAUAUAAUGAGAACUGCUAUCAGCUGAUGCAGGAGACAAACGUUUUCCCCAUCGAAUUAGAUCUUCCACAAACCACAUUCCAGUAUCCAGACGCCGUUCUACCACCUGCCUAUCACGACGAGGAGGAGGAGGACGAUGAUGAUGAACCCCUAGUCAUGGCAGAGGAGGCACUUCCUCAAAGCAACGAUGAGUUGCUCCUGGAAGGACUGCUGGGUGCCGAAAAAAUCACAAAGGAUCUUGCCUCAGUGAACCUACUUGGAGAUUGAUUUUGCAUCAAUCAGACAAAAAAUUGUUUUGAUGAAAUAUAUUUUAUUUAUUAUAUUAUAUUGUUUUGGCAUUUAAGAAAACCAUUAAAUUGGAAAUAUAU